CUUGUCUAAUUAUACGGACUUUUGACCAAUGAAAUGAGAGGAGGCAGCGCGUAGUUCUAUAGAGGCGUGUCUUCAGCUUUUUGCCGUUGCAGCUCUGAAGAGCGUCUGAAGAGAGUAAUGGCAUGAGCUUUGCGUCGAGAUCCUGUCAAAGCACCAAACAGCGAAUUUGUCGCGCCUGAACUUUUCCACUCUUUCCUGAGGACUAUUUUACAAUUUAAAGGGGACAUCUUAUUACCUUUUUUUCCACUGUCACACCAGAGCAGCACUUGAAGUCACUCCACCGCAGUUGCGCUCCUGUCUUAAGACAUUUUAAAUAAAAGGAUAUGGUGUUGGACAUGUGAAAUUCACGGGGAAACUUCAAACAUGAAGCUGGCAUCUUCUCUGUGUUGCCUCGGGUUUCUUCUCACUUCUGUGGCGGUCCGUCUGAGCGACUCGCAGCAAGUAUGCACUGGCACAGAAAAUAAACUGAGCACUCUGUCAGAUCUGGACCAGCAGUAUCGGACCCUUCGUAAAUACUAUGAGAACUGUGAGGUGGUGAUGGGGAAUCUGGAGAUCACCAGCAUUGAUCGCAGCCGUGACCUGUCUUUUCUUAGGUCCAUUCGUGAGGUGACUGGCUAUGUGCUCGUGGCACUGAAUCAGUUUGAAUAUCUUCCCCUGGAGAAUCUUCGCAUCAUCCGUGGCACCAGGCUGUAUGAAGACCGAUAUGCUCUGGCAAUCUUCCUCAACUACCGCAGAGACGGAAACUUUGGCCUCCGUCAGCUUGGCCUUAAGAACCUCACAGAAAUCCUGAAUGGAGGGGUGUAUGUGGACCAGAACAAAUUCCUGUGUCAUGCUGAUACCAUCCACUGGCAGGACAUAGUGAAGAAUGCUCGCCCUGAUCACCUGGUUGUGCCAUCCAACAGCAGCAGCUCCUGUCAGAGGUGUCACAGAGCAUGUAAUGGACGCUGCUGGGGGCCUAAGGAAGACCAGUGUCAAAGCUUGACGAAGACGGUGUGCGCGGAGCAGUGUGAUGGCCGCUGUUUUGGGCCGUACGUCAGUGACUGUUGCCAUCCUGAAUGUGCUGGAGGCUGUUCUGGACCAAAAAACACAGACUGCUUCGCUUGCACAAACUUCAACGACAGCGGCGCUUGUGUGACCCAAUGCCCACGGCCCUUCGUCUACAACCCCACCACGUUCCAGCUGGAGCACAACCCAUGGGCCAAAUACACAUACGGAGCAUUCUGCGUCAAAAAGUGCCCACAUAACUUUGUGGUGGACCACAGCUCCUGUGUCAGAGCCUGUCCCAGCAAUAAGAUGGAGGUGGAGGAGAACAGGAUCAAGAUGUGCAUCCCCUGCACUGAUAUCUGCCCCAAAGCAUGUGAUGGGAUCGGCACUGCCAGCCUUCAGACGGCGCAAACUGUCGACUCCAGCAACAUCGACAGAUUCAUCAACUGCACAAAGAUCAACGGAAACCUGGUGUUCCUCAUCACAGGCAUUAAAGGGGAUGUUUACCACAACAUAGAACCUCUGGAUCCAGAGAAACUCAACGUGUUUCGCACUGUUCGAGAGAUCACUGGUUUUCUGAACAUUCAGUCUUGGCCUGAAAACAUGACUGAUCUGAGUGUCUUCUCCAAUCUGGCAACUAUUGGAGGCAGAGCUCUCUACAGUGGCAUCUCUCUUCUAGUGCUGAAGCAACAGUGGAUUACCUCAAUGCAGCUGCAGUCUCUCAGAGAGAUCAGUGCUGGAAAUGUGUAUGUCACCAACAACAGUCAACUCUGCUACUAUAACACUGUCAACUGGACACGACUCUUCCGCAUCAACACCCAGAAGGCCCUGAUCCGCAACAACCGUGACCCCAAGGAAUGCAUUUUGGACCGAAUGGUAUGUGACCCGUUGUGCUCUGACGCUGGAUGCUGGGGUCCGGGGCCUGACCAGUGCCUGUCCUGCCGCUUCUUCAUCAGGGGACGCACCUGUGUCGAAUCUUGCAACCUGCACGAAGGGGACGUGCGUGAGUUUGCUAAUGGCUCGGUGUGUCUGGAGUGUGAUGCACAGUGUGAAGUGCCGGAGGAUGAUGCUCUUACCUGCACUGGACCUGGUCCUGAUCACUGUGUUAAAUGUCGUCACUUUAAAGACGGACCCAACUGUGUGGAGAAAUGCCCUGACGGUCUACAGGGAGCGAGCAGCUUCAUCUUCAAAUACGCUGAGGCCAACAAUGAGUGUCACCCCUGCCAUGUCAACUGCACCCAGGGAUGCACAGGGCCCCGUCUGCAGGACUGCAUCGGCGUGAUGGACAGGACUCCCCUUAUUGCGGCAGGGGUUAUUGGAGGAUUGUUUGUGGUGAUCAUCAUAGGUCUUAGUGUUGCCAUAUCAGUGAGGAGGAAAAGCAUCAAGAAGAAGAGAGCAUUGAGGCGCUUCUUGGAGACCGAGUUGGUGGAGCCUUUGACCCCCAGCGGUGCAGCCCCAAAUCAGGCCCAACUGCGCAUUCUGAAAGAGACGGAGCUGAAACGGGUGAAGAUCCUGGGAGCCGGAGCCUUUGGCACUGUCUACAAGGGCAUCUGGGUUCCUGAGGGUGAGACUGUGAAGAUUCCUGUUGCCAUUAAGAUCUUGAACGAAGCGACAGGCCCCAAAGCCAAUGUGGAAUUCAUGGAUGAGGCUCUGAUCAUGGCCAGCAUGGAACAUCCUCACCUGGUGCGGUUAUUAGGUGUUUGUCUGAGUCCCACCAUACAGCUGGUCACUCAGCUCAUGCCCCACGGCUGUCUGCUGGACUACGUGCACGAACACAAAGACAACAUCGGCUCCCAAUUACUGCUCAACUGGUGUGUUCAGAUCGCAAAGGGUAUGAUGUACUUGGAGGAGCGUAGACUCGUGCACAGGGACCUGGCUGCUCGAAACGUCCUAGUAAAGUCACCUAACCACAUCAAGAUCACUGACUUCGGUCUGGCUCGCCUUCUGGAUGCAAACGAGAAGGAAUACAAUGCAGACGGAGGCAAGAACCAGUUCGCCUAUCAGGACGGCAGCUUUGGCAUGGAGGACAUGAUGGCCACUAUCCCGCGGGUUGUGGCUGUGUCUGCAGUCAGUCCAGGCUGCUCCACUCAGAAGCAAUCGAAGGGCCAACAGGGGGCCUCAGGCUCCUCUGAGGCGUUUGAAGACAGCCGCUGUAAUGGCACUCUCAGGAAGAAGGCUUCACCCAGGGCGAGCACUGGGGACGACAGCAGCGGCCAACGCUACAGUGCAGAUCCCACGGUGAUACUGUGUGAGCAUGGAGCAAGAGCCGAAACCGACCAGGAUGGAUACAUGAGCGCCAUGCAGGACAAAAAGCCCUCAGAUUUUCUCAAUCCUGUGGAGGAAAACCCCUUCGUCACCCAUCGCAGAAAUGGAGAGGUCCACACUUUGGAGCGAGGCUACCACAGCACCUCCAAUGGGCAGCCCAAGUUGGAGGAUGAGUACGUUAACGACCCGCUGUACCUCAACACCUUUCAUAACACUGGGGAGAAGAGUCAUGAUGCUUUAAGGAAGAACGGAGUCCCUGUGGUGCACACAGCUGCGGCAGCAGCAGCAACAGUAGCAGCAGCGAAUACCAUCACAGCCAACAACCAUACCCUUUCCCAAACCAUGCAGCCAGCUGCAUCCAGUGCCCACAUCACAACACAGCCCCUCUACCAAGGCAAACCAAGCAUCUCCACCCUCUCUGGCCACACUCUUCACUCCGCCCAUCCUGGACACGCUCUUCACCCAACGCACACUCUCCAUCCUGCUCACACCGGAACCAUCAAGGCCGACUUAAAGGCCAAAAAGACAUUUGACAGUCCUGAGUACUGGCAGCACAGUCUUCCCCCUAAGGCUACUCUUCACAACCCGGAGUAUCUGCAGGACUGCAGCACACGCUUUUUCUACCGGCAAAAUGGUCGAAUCCGACCUGCGGUGGCCGAGAACCAGGAGUAUCUGUCUGAUUAUGCGCUAAAACCGGGUACUGUGUUGCCACCGCCUCCAUACCGCCAGAGGAACACUGUUGUGUAGCAACAACGGCCAAGACAACGAAGGAAAGAAGGAGGUAAAGAGAGAGUCACUCUGGCUCUCACACCAGCAUCCCAAUCUCUAAACUGGAUUUAACACCCAACCUCCUACAACCUGGAACUGAUCCGCUUGAGUGAACUUCUCCUCCAGAGGCAACGGUCACAGAUGGCCACGUCAGUCAAACCUCCUCUUCCUGCUUGUCUCUUCUCAACAUUAAAACCUUUGACCUCCCAACUUUUGGAAACAACGAAACUCUUCCUGACGUACGGUAGACGUUACGCUCAUCUUAUUGAAAGCAAGUACUGACCGAGGAACACUUUUUGUGCAAUUCCAUUGAUUUUGUUUUGGUUAUUUGAUUUUCGAGCUAUAAUAUGAUCUGUUGUAAUUUAUGACUUUAGUUAGCGUAGUUUAGCACUUCAUGAGACAGAUGCAAAGCCUGGAAGUAUAAUUCUGGGACAAGAGAGCCUAAAGGGUCGCUAUUAAUUGAGGCAGACCUGUCUGUAUGCUAUUAUAUACAACAAAUUGUGUUCAUUGUAAUGUGAUGUCAACUGCGACCUUCACGUAUGGCAGGUCUUCAAAAGAGUGUAUCUCCAUUCAUUUGUUUUUAUUUGCUCAAACAAGACACCAUGUAUUACUUCUAUCGAGCCGCUCUUUCCUCAUUCUGUUUUGUAAGACUGGAACACUUUCCGACUGCUCUACUGUAUACCAACACGUGAUGAAGAGAAACACUCCAUGAUGAGAACAGUAUCAGCUCGCAUAUGAACGAGACGGUACAACAGCUUGCCACAAAAAAUCAAUAACUUCAUAAAAGCUGAUCUGCAACAGUCUACUGUAAUAACAUUUUUAUUGUCGAUCCAGCCAGCAUUGAUCCGUACGCUCAUGGAGUUGUCACCUUAAGGUAGCCUUCCUCAGUUUGUCAUUUAAUGUGUGGAACGAAAAACCCAGAUCGGGUCUACCUUGAACUUUCAAAGCUAAAAUCAAUACUAGCGACUGAAAGCGCAGGUGGAUGUAUGGCAGAGAAUGGAUAUUUACACAGCUACUGAGGCCCAGGUUUGCACGAAAGACUUAACAGCAGACAACGUCUGGAUCAUCAUCUGAAAUGGCCGGAAAACUGUUAUAAUAUAAACUUUAUACACGUGCGAUUGGAGAUGUUUGUUUGCAGCUUUUUCUAGCUGGGUUCAAACUGCAACAGUGGGGGAUAUUUGGAAGUCAAGAUGAUGGUGGUACCAUCAAACAAUAUCGUGAGGAACAAAUGACUGGAAUAUUUGCCCUGAGGUCAGAAAUGAAACUCAAAUCUGUCAUCUCAAGUUGAGCCGUCUCCCAUAAUGACUUUUCUGUAAGAAGCAUCUCAUGAAGAUACAAGUUUAGGAUAAUAAUGCAGAAUAUUCCUCAAAUGGUGGAAACCAUCUUUGCUACAUCUUACAUCCCGCUUUCUAAGGCCAGAUUUGUGUAUAGUUUUGAACACUGCCAGUCACUAUGCUUUUCUGGUGAGAGAAUAUUAAUAAUAAUAAUAAUAAUGUUGUGUUGCUGGUUUGGAAAUGUUAAAUUGUUUUAUAGCACUUAACAGCCUGGCACAGCCGCACCAACGGCAAUGACUGAAUUCUCAUCUAUUAUAGCUCACAUGACCAUAGCAAACAUCACCCACCCACAGUUUUUUUUCCUUUGUAUGACUUAUUUUUUUGUUUAUUUUGUGCUUAUGAAUAUGAAAGUUUACGGUUACGUGGAGCACUUUAAUUAACGAACGUACAAAGAUUGAGCGCAGCUCUUUUCAUUGAGGGUACUGCUGUUCCCAUGUGAUAACAGAUUAGACAGAUGACAUUUUUGGCUCACCAUUGGAAGCAAAAUCAGGGAAUGUUAGUGAAGCGCAGCAAUUUUGCCAAACACAGAUGUUUACUAAUUGAAGUAUUUAUCUCUAACUUUAAAAAGAAAGCAAUUAGAGCAGCAGCAUUUUAGGUGCAGUAAAUGAUUACCUAUAACAAUAAUAUUAGACACCUUUAUAGAAUAAAGCUGAUGCUUUGUUUUAGCUCCUAUAGUGUUUGGAAAAUAGUUCUAAAGUACGUAAAGAGUAUUGAAAUAUGGCCAAAUUAUAUUUUUAUUCAUUUAUAUUCACUCAGUUUUGUAUUUAUGACAAACCCAACAAGGAGAAAGGCUUUUUAAAUAGUUUUUAGGUUAGGUUUAGUUGAGGUUAUGAAAGCCCAAAGAAGUGAAACCUUCAUAAAAACCCUCGUGUAUACUCUUAUCAAGAGGGUUGAAGCUUUCGAUGAACUAUUGUGGGAUGAAUAAUCUUUCUCUGAAUCAAGAUAAAAGACAUAUAUGUGCAUAUGCUACUGAUAACGUCAUCGUAGAUCAGGGUGUCUGAAUAUCCAGAUAUGUAGCAGCUGCUGUGAAUACAGGGUGGGUAAAGAUCUGGUAAAGUGAGGAACAACUUGACUAAAACGCCGGGAAAAGGAUCCUCAAAUAAAAGGAAGAUGAUUUGCGAAGGCGUUCGCCAUCAGAGACUGUUAGCAAAUGGGACUUUGGAAACAUUUUCAUGUUGUAGGAACUCUGGGAAAUGGGGUUUGAAUGGAGCACAAACAUUCUGUCUCGCCGCACAUUGUUCACUGCUGACUCACUUUUAGCAGAAUCUAGAAGAACACGAGACAGACGUCUUGACAUGAACUUGAGUAAAUAUUCCUGAAGGGGCAAGGAGAUUAUGUGAAUGGUGGUGAGAUACUGUUGAAGGCUUUUUUUUACGUUGCAUUAAAAAUCUGAGGGUGAGUUCACUAAGAAUGAA